AUGGCAGAAUCAGUAGAUAACUUUAGUGAUUUACAAGAAUUAGGAAUAGAUAUAAGUGAUACUGAUACCUUAACUCUUUCAUUUAACAAGGCUGCCCGUCAAGUGCAAAAAUUAGUAACCACUUUGGAUAAUCAAAUAUUGCUCACUCUUUACGGCUAUUACAAACAAGGCACAGAAGGUACUUGUAAAGUACCUAGACCUAGUUGGUAUGAUCUUCGUGCAAAGUCAAAAUGGGAAGCUUGGAAUAAAUUGGGAAAUCUCUCUCAAGAAGAUGCUAAAAAGAAGUAUAUAGAAACUGUCAAAACUGUAGAUCCCACUUUUGAUGAAGAUAUUCAAGAAGCGCCAUCUCAACAGUGGAUUAAAGUUUCUUCAAUGAUUGUUGACAAUGAUAUACCACAAUCAGACUUGACAAUUAUUGAUCACAUCAGAAAAAAUGAUAUAAAACAAGUAAAAACUUAUCUUGAAACAAACAAUCCAGAUUUUGUCAGUGAAGGGUUAUACUUAAUUCACUGGGCAGCUGAUGCGGGUAGUAUUGAUAUGCUGAAAACCAUUAUUGAUGCAGGAGCUGAUAUAAACAUCAAAGAUAGUGAUGGACAAACUGCUCUCCAUUAUGCUGCAAGCUGCGGUCACAUUGAAUGUGUAAAAUUUUUAUUGCAGAGUGGGGCUAAUAAAGAAGCAAAAGAUCAUGAUGACAGUACUCCAUCAGAUGUUGCUUUUAAUAUUGCAAUUAAAGAAUUGUUGAGUUAA